GCUUCUGCUAGGUCUCCCCCACAGCCGCUCCACUGCGGGGCCUGGGCACAGGAGUCUGGUAGAAGCCGACAGGCUGCUGGGGCUCCUGGGAGGAUUGGCAGACGGCAGAAGCAGGGGUGAGACCGGGCCGAGGAGCAGAAUCAGCACCCCUGGAGGCAGAAUGUCAGGCAAAGAGGGCAAAGGUGCAGCGAAGGAUCCAGGGUCGGAGCCCACACUGGGGAUGGACCCCUUCGCGGACACGCUGAGGCGGCUGCGGGAGGCCUUCAGCGCAGGGCGGACUCGGCCGGCCGAGUUCCGGGAGGCGCAGCUCAGGGGCCUGGGCCGCUUCCUGCAGGAACACAAGCAGCUUCUGCAGGAGGCGCUGGCGCAGGACCUGCACAAGCAGGAACAUAGCCAGCCUGCACCCGCCUCAGGGCCUUUGCACAUGCUGUGCCCUUUGCCUGGAAGAUUCUGCCUCCAGGUAUCCUUGGGCUCCCUUCCUCCCUAUCUUCGCUGCUCAAAUGUCCCCGCAUCUCCGAGGCCAGCGCUGACUGCGCCACCCAGGCGCCCCUUCCUCUCACCGUGUUUCGCCUUCCCUUGCUCUUGUCACAUCAGUGUUCUCCCUAGCAUGUUGGCUGUUCCUCUACAACAUCGGCUCUGUCCGGGUCAUCAGGCUGUCCGUGCAUCCGGUCACGGCUGCGCUCCGGGCACUUCAGCCUUCGAGUCGGAAGUGUCUGAGAUCAGCAUCACCCAGAGUGAGAUCAACUUGGCCCUCAGGAAUCUGAGGGCCUGGAUGAAGGAUGAGAAAGUGCCCAAGAAUCUGGCCACGCAGCUGGACUCGGCCUUCAUCCGGAAGGAGCCCUUCGGCCUGGUGCUUGUCAUCGCCCCCUGGAACUACCCUGUGAACCUGACCCUCGUGCCCCUGGUGGGCGCCCUUGCCGCAGGGAACUGCGUGGUGCUGAAGCCAUCGGAGUUCAGCAGGAGCACCGAGAAGGUCCUGGCUGAGGUGCUGCCCCGAUACCUGGACCAGAGCUGCUUUGCCGUGGUGCCGGGCGGGCCCCAGGAGACGGGGCAGCUGCUGGAGCACAAGUUCGACUACAUCUUCUUCACGGGGAGCCCUCGGGUGGGCAGGAUCGUCAUGUCUGCCGCCGCCAAGCACCUGACGCCCGUCACGCUGGAGCUGGGGGGCAAGAACCCCUGCUACGUGGACGACGACUGUGACCCCCAGACCGUGGCCAACCGCCUGGCCUGGUUCCGCUACUUCAACACCGGCCAGACCUGCGUGGCCCCCGACUACGUCCUGUGCAGCCCUGACACGCAGGAGCGGCUGCUGCCCGCCCUGCAGAGCGCCAUCACCCGCUUCUACGGCGAGGACCCCCGGAGCUCCCCGGACCUGGGCCGCAUCAUCAGCGACAAGCACUUCCAGCGGCUCCGAGGCCUGCUGGGCUGUGGCCGCGUGGCCAUUGGCGGCCAGAGCGACGAGAGCGAGCGCUACAUCGCCCCCACGGUGCUGGUGGACGUGGAGGAGAUGGAACCCGUGAUGCAGGAGGAGAUCUUCGGACCCAUCCUGCCCAUCGUGAACGUGAGGAGCCUGGACGAGGCCAUCGACUUCAUCAACCGUCGGGAGAAGCCCCUGGCCCUGUAUGCCUUCUCCAACAACAAACAGGUAGUGAACCAGAUACUGGAUCGGACCAGCAGCGGGAGUUUCGGAGGCAAUGAAGGCUUCAUCUACCUGACUCUGCCGUCCCUGCCGCUGGGGGGAGUCGGGAACAGCGGGAUGGGACGAUACCACGGCAAGUUCUCCUUCGACACCUUCUCCCACCACCGCGCCUGUCUGCUCUCCCACCCCGGCCUGGAGAAGCUCAAUGAAAUCCGCUACCCUCCCUACACUAACAGCAGAGAGCAGCUGGUCAGCUGGGCCUUGGGGUCCCACAGCUGCACCCUCCUGUGAACACCCUGUGCCCCUCCAGUGCCCUACCCCCACGAUCCCUCUGUCCUGCCGCUGCCCAGGUGUUCAGUGUGGGGCUCGGAGGGAGGGGAUCCUGUCCAGGAGUG